CACGUGCACAACUAUUGGCGGUUUAAUAACAAUUUUAAUCGCUAAUUACUUUAAAACGAAGCCGCGAUCAUGAUUUUUUAAAUUAAAAAUCAUUGCCUUACAUUGUCGCGAAGAAUGUAUCCAUAAUUUUUGUUUACCUGUUGUCCAACAGCCUAUACGUAUAUAUGUAUCGAAAAGUCUUGCGUGCAACCGAAGUACGUAUGCAACGAAAAUAUUCGUUGCACAUUUCGUCUUAUUUUUGGGAAGAUAAAAGUAAACAAUAAAAGUAAAGCAUAUAAACGGAAAGAUGUCACGAUUAUUGACGAACACCAGUCGAAGAUUGAUGUUAAUGAAAAGUACAAGUUAUCAGAAAAUAACAAAGUCCAGGUUCAGUCGACUUGCCUGUAAUAUAACAAACAGUUCUUUGAGGAAUCGUAGUGUCUUCGAUGCUAUCACAUACUCUAAAUUUGUCGGAAUUAUUUCCGUUCGAUAUCAAAGCACGACUGGGACGAUGCUGGCCGAAAAUAUAACAAAUAUACCUGGAGCAUCGACUGAACCACAAAUUGAGGAAGUAGUAGAAAAUCAAAUCACAGAAACAAUCUCAGAACAAGCUGCAGAACAAGUUACAAAACAAGUUGCAGAAAAUGUAGCAGCAACAGUUACACAAAAUGCUUUAUUAAGCGAAAUACCAGAUUUACCAAAAAUACCAGAAUCUAUAACUGCAUUAACAGUAAAUGGCGAACCCACUUUGGAAAGUAUCGGACUGGGUGGAUAUUUCCCAAUUGGAUGGGUACAACAUGCUUUAGACGCAUUGCAUACUUAUUGUGGCUUGCCAUGGUGGGCAGCAAUUGGCGUAGGAACACUCUGUGUUAGAUUUGCUUUGUUUCCACUAGUGAUUAAAGUACAAAGAAAUUCUUCAAAGAUGAACGAAUAUAUGCCACAAAUGCAAAAGCUACAAUCAAAAAUGAUGAAAGCAAGACAGAAUGGAGAUGAAUACGAAACUGCUGUAUGUGCUCACGAGUUAUCUAAGUUUAUGAAGGACAAGGAUAUUAAUCCACUGAAAAAUAUGGGUUUAGUUGCGUUACAGUUUCCUGUAUUUCUUUCAUUCAUUAUUGGUUUGAGACGAAUGGCAGAAGCACCAGUUGAAAGCAUGAAAGAAGGAGGAUUAUGGUGGUUUACAGAUUUAACUGUCUAUGAUCCAUGGUAUACUCUUCCUCUAGUUACUUGUUUAACAAUGUAUGUAUCGAUGAAAUACAGUAUUACGGUGAAUAGUGGGGCGAAUAUGGGUUUACUACCAUAUUUUAUGCGAGCGAUACCGAUUAUUACAUUUCCGAUAAUAUUACAUUUCCCAGCGGCUAUGCUGUGUUAUUGGUAUUCAACAAAUGUUAUCACUUUCUUGCAAAUUUGUUUCUUAAGAAUAUCAGCAGUGAGAGCAUGGUUUGGUAUGCCACCCAUUAUAGUACAUAAACUUGAGGAUCUCCCAAUGCAACCGAAAGGCUUCAAAAAAGGACUGGAUGAGACUUGGACUAAUUGGAAAAUAAUAAAAAAAGUAGAAGAUAGAGAACGUGCAGAUGCAGUUCAGUUUAAUAAAGCAGGAAAAGGUCCUUUAAAGAAAACAUUUAAAUAUGAUCCAACGAAAAACCCACCCACAGCAGCACAAAUUUUAACAAAGAAAAGAUAAUACCAGAUAUAUAAAUCUUGUAAAUACUUAGCAUUAUUUAAUUCCUUAUGAGCUAUUUAUUAUAAUUGUUCCCUGCUCUUAGAAUAAAUGAUAGUAACUUCAA